AUGAAGACAAGGCUCAAACCGACAAUAUUAGAGAUGCAGUUAGAAUCCAACACGGAGUCACAAAACCAGGAACACCACCCGCAGCCAGCCGUAACCUCCGCCAAAUCAUUCUGGUCGAUCUUUCCAGGAACUGUCUGCCGUGAAGCAUGGAAUCGAGAUGAAGGCGGGACGAUCGAUGCCAGAUACACAGGAAACAUUGGUGUGCUUUUAUACAACAACUCGACCCUGCUUUAUGUCAUUCGACCUAAUGAACGGAUAAUCCAAACAGUGUUCCUAAAGCGUAGGAAGGAAUUGGGAGAAAAGAAUCGAGGGAAUGCCAACUUGGGAUAUACAGGCUGUGAUGAACUGGAAACGUGGAUCAAGAUUGAAUAA